GGAAGAAAUUCUGGCGUAGGUAUAAAACGAUAGCAGCGUUUUGCGCGCAACAUAUUCUGCACAGUGUCUGGUCUAAACCCCGAAUUGUGAAGAUGGCUGACAACAGAGAUAAAGCUACUGACCAAAUGAAGACGUGGAAGGCGAAUCGAGGUUCUCAGAAACCAGAUGUGCUGACCACAGGCGGUGGCCAUCCAGUGGGAGACAAAUUGAACUUGCAGACUGCAGGACCAAGAGGACCGCUGCUGGUUCAAGAUGUAGUCUUCACAGAUGAGAUGGCCCACUUUGACCGUGAACGAAUCCCAGAGAGAGUGGUUCAUGCCAAAGGGGCAGGGGCGUUUGGCUACUUUGAGGUCACUCAUGACAUCACUCGCUACUGCAAAGCCAAAGUGUUUGAGCAUGUCGGCAAGACUACACCAAUUGCUAUCCGCUUCUCCACUGUGGCUGGAGAGUCUGGGUCUGCAGACACUGUGCGUGACCCUCGAGGUUUUGCAGUCAAGUUUUACACUGAAGAUGGCAACUGGGACCUGACGGGCAACAAUACCCCCAUUUUCUUCAUCAGGGAUGCCAUGCUGUUCCCAUCCUUCAUCCAUUCCCAGAAGCGCAAUCCCCAAACCCACAUGAAAGACCCUGACAUGGUGUGGGACUUCUGGAGUUUGAGGCCCGAGAGUCUGCAUCAGGUGUCUUUCUUGUUCAGUGAUCGAGGUUUGCCUGAUGGCCACCGUCACAUGAAUGGCUACGGCUCUCACACCUUCAAACUGGUCAAUGCCGAUGGUGAACGUGUCUACUGCAAAUUCCACUAUAAGACUGAUCAAGGAAUAAAGAAUUUGACGGUGGAAGAGGCAGACCGCCUGGCAGCCGCCAACCCAGAUUAUGGAAUUGCAGACCUGUUCAAUGCUAUUGCUAAUGGAAACUACCCAUCCUGGACCUUUUACAUCCAGGUCAUGACCUUUGAGCAGGCUGAGAAGUUCCGGUUCAACCCGUUUGAUCUUACAAAGGUUUGGUCACAUAAAGAAUACCCACUGAUCCCUGUGGGCAAACUGGUUCUGAACAGGAACCCAGUCAACUACUUUGCAGAGGUGGAGCAGCUGGCCUUUGACCCAAGCAACAUGCCACCAGGCAUCGAGCCCAGCCCUGACAAGAUGCUGCAGGGUCGCCUCUUCUCCUACCCGGACACGCAUCGUCACCGGCUGGGGGCAAACUACCUGCAGAUCCCUGUCAACUGCCCCUUCAGGGCUCGUGUGGCCAACUACCAGCGUGAUGGUCCGAUGUGCAUGCAUGACAACCAAGCCCAACACCUCUUCUUCACCCCGUUUCAGCAGAAUUGUGGCGCUCCAAACUACUACCCUAACAGCUUCAGUGCCCCAGAGACCCAGCCUCAGUUUAUGGAGUCCAAGUUCCAAGUGUCUGCAGAUGUUGCUCGUUACAACAGCUCAGAUGAAGACAAUGUCACACAGGUUCGCACCUUCUACACUCAGGUCCUGAAUGAAGAGGAGCGACAGAGACUAUGCCAGAACAUGGCAGGGUCCCUGAAAGGAGCCCAGCUCUUCAUCCAGAAACGCAUGGUUGAGAAUUUGAAGGCUGUCCAUCCAGACUAUGGAAACAGAGUUGAGACUCUUCUCAAGAAGUACAAUGCGGAGGCCAAGAAGGACGCCGCCUUGCAUGUUUACAGCCGUCCAGGAGCCGCUGCCAUUGCCGCAUCCUCUAAGAUGUGAUGCCUUAAAUUUCAAGCGAGCAAAUGCACUUACGUCAUAACUGACCACUACUGAAAUAGAACAAUAUUAAAUCCAUCAGGAAAGGCUCAAAAUACUAGUAAUCUGGCUUUUACUGUUGUGGCUAAUUGGUUUUUGAUUCAGUUUUUCCAAGCAAUUUAUUUCUCUAAAUUGUCAGCACUUGCAUUUUUCUGAAAGGUUGUGAGCUCCACCACAACCAGGUUGCAAUAAAGUCACCAUAAUACUGCAGUGUUUUAAAGCUUUGAGUAGUUACUGUUUGGUUAGACCACCUGAGUUUAACAGGCACUUAAGAGCAUUUCAUUUCAUUUUGAUUUAAUUGCAUUAAGCGAAUUAACCAAACCAGCCUCCAGUAAUUCCUCAAGUUGUAUGUACUACUAAGCUAUGAUGCUUGAAAUUUUUAAAAAAGCGUUGCAAGUUUGAAAGAAAUCUGCAUUAAGGAUGAUAUUUGGUAUCUGCUUUAAUGAGCAGUCUCAAUUUAAGCUGGUAAAACAUCUGGAUUUGUUAUGAACCACAGGUUUGCUGCUUUGCUUUUUUUUUUCCCCCAGUAUGAGCAAUGAUCUGUUGUGGGUUUGUCUGUUUGUUUGUCUUCUUUCCUCAUGUUUGACUGAACCACUGGUGAGUGUUAUCAUUGUGGGUAUGCGGUGAUGAGCAAGUUAAAAGAUGUAAUAUUAACUAAAACAGUCGUUUGUGCCUUUUUAUAUACAAAAACUUCCACUAACAUGGAUUUAACCUUCAUCCUUAACAACCCAGGUUUGUUUCUGUUUAGUGUGGGGUUUAUUUGAUUUUUGAUGGUUGUUGUUUUUUUU